GCACUAAAGAACAAACAGACUUACUCGCCAAGCGCCCAAAAAACGCGAAGAAGAAAACGCGGAAGUUCUUCAGGGCGUAAUGUUGUCAUGGCGCCUCGCAUGUAAACCAACUUGAGCUCCUAAGAAUUCAUUCAAGACGUUUGUGUGGAUUUUUAAGGUUGCUGUGGUCAGGCAAGCUGUACCACUGCGGAAAUGAGCACUCAAUACAGCAUCCUUUUUAAACAGGAACAUGCACACGAUGAUUCAAUCUGGACUGCAGCCUGGGGUAAAAGCGAGGCAGACGGUUCAGAAACAAUCGUCACCGGUUCCCUUGACGAUAUGGUCAAAGUGUGGAAAUGGUCGGACGAGAAGCUGGAGCUGCAGUGGACACUGGAGGGGCACCAGCUGGGCGUCGUGUCCGUGGACAUCAGCCACAAUGCCGCCAUCGCUGCCUCCAGCUCGCUCGAUGCCCACAUCCGCCUCUGGGACUUGGAGUCCGGGAAACAGAUCAAAUCUAUGGACGCCGGACCAGUGGACGCUUGGACGGUUGCCUUCUCGCCUGACUCCAAGCACAUUGCCACAGGAAGCCACCUCGGCAAGGUCAACAUCUUCGGUGUGGAAAGCGGCAAGAAGGAAUAUUCUCUGGACACCCGAGGGAAAUUCAUCCUGAGCAUCGCUUAUAGUCCCGAUGGUAAAUAUUUGGCUAGCGGGGCUAUUGACGGCAUCAUCAACAUCUUUGACAUUGCCACGGGAAAGCUCCUCCACACGCUGGAAGGGCACGCUAUGCCCAUUCGCUCCCUCACCUUCUCUCCCGACUCCCAGCUGCUUGUCACGGCAUCAGACGAUGGCUACAUCAAGAUUUAUGACGUGCAACACGCCAACCUGGCGGGCACGCUGAGCGGCCACGGAUCCUGGGUGCUCAACGUGGCCUUCUCCCCGGACAACACACACUUUGUCUCCAGUUCCUCGGACAAGAGCGUGAAAGUUUGGGACGCCGGUUCCCGAGCCUGCAUCAACACCUUCUUCGACCACCAAGACCAGGUGUGGACCGUCAAGUACAACAACAACGGCUCCAAGAUUAUUUCGGCCGGCGACGACCGGGCCAUCCAUAUUUACGAUUGCCCCAUGUGAGGUGGGCCAUCCGAAAAGGCUGCAGGGAGACUUUUUAUGUGAAUCGUUUCUGUACUGGCUUGUGACAGUACAUUAAAGUUUGUUAUUUUUU